AAUUGUUAUUUUAUAUUAUUGUUAUUAUUAUUUUUUUCGGUGUUGUUGAGAGAAGCGAGAAGGCCUGCCUGUUGAGUCGUCAUAUAUUGUGGUGGUGUGUAGGUGAUAGUCAGUUAAGCGACUGGACCCGCUCCCGCACACGUAUCCUUCUCUCUUUUCCAUUUGAUUCUUUGCUUCCGCUGGGUCUUCCAUGGCGGCCUCCAAGCUCCUGCUGUUCUCGAUCUUCCUUGCCCUAGUUUUCGCUCGGAUUCGGGCGGAUGCGUCCGGCGAAGAAGCGGAAGAAUUUGAAGUCGUCAGAUCGGAAGCUUCGGAUUCAUCGUCGUCUCUGAAGAUUGAACUGGAGCAGCUCAGGGCGAAGAUCGCUGGUCUCGAAUCCCUUGUGGAUGAGAGAACACAGGAACUGAAAAGCAAGGAUGAUAUCAUAGCACAAAAAGAGAGAGUUAUUCGAGAGAACUCUAAUAGCCUUGAUUCAUUGCAGACUGAGAUAGCAUCUCUCCAGAAAAAAAGGACAAUAGAUGCUCAGGAGCAGGUUGGAAAGGCUCAUGCGCGGGCUGGUGAACUAGAGAAUCAGGUUGACGAGCUUAAAAAGGAAUUAGAAAUGCAGAAUCAGGAGAAAGUGGCCUUGCAAGCCCGAUUGACUGAAGCUGAAGACAACAUGCGUGGAUUGAAUUUGAAACUCCAGAAUCUCCAGACAAUUAAUGAUGAACAAAAGAUCAUAAUUCGUAAAACAGAACGUGCUCUUCAAAUAGCUGAGGAAGAAAUGAUGAAGGCAAAAUUUGAAGCUACUUCAAAAACUAGAGACCUAAUGGAGGUUCAUGGCGCAUGGCUUCCACCUUGGCUUGCAGUUCAUUUUUUCCAUUGUCAGUCCUUCAUGGUGACGGAAUGGAAUGAGCAUGGAAAGCCUGUUAUGGAUAAAGCAAUCCAGAAGGCCAUGGAGACAAAGGCACAAGCUGAAAAGUGGGCCGAACCCCAUAUGGAAACAUUUAAAACUAAAUUGAUCCCGGCUAUUAAAGAACAGUGGCUGGUGAUAGUGACAAAGGUUGAGCCACAUGUGCAAUCAAUGAGUGCAAAAACAAUCUGGCUUUAUGAAACUUCUAAAAAUGCAAUAACCCCACACGUCAUAAAAGCACAACAAAUUGCUGAUCCGUACUUUCAGGAAGCUAAGAAGGUCAGCAAACCAUAUAUUGAUCAAAUUGCCACUGUGACAAGACCUCAUCUUGGUAAAGUAAGGGUUGCCUUGAGGCCCUACGCAAAGAAGGCGGUUCAUGCCUAUGGAAAAUUUCUUAAAUCUGCAACUAUGUAUCAUAAUCAGGUCCAAGACUCUGUCCAAGAAAAGCUGAAAAAGCAUGAACUUACAAGAACUCUGGCAACUAAAGAGCUGGUUUGGUUUGUGGCCUCAGCCUUGUUGGCCUUACCGAUCAUAAUAUUGUGUAGAAUUUGCUCGGCUAUUUUUUGCAAAAAGACAAGGAAACCUACUCGAAAUGCUAAUACACAUCAUAUGCGUCGUAAAACCAAACGGGGGCAUCCAGAUAGGGAGAAUGCUGCUAGGUAGACUGCUGCUGUUCUGGCAUGUUUCAGGUAUGCUUCAUAAUUUCAUGACAGAUCUUAUGCCUGUCACUUUCUACUGUAUGUAUGAUCAGUGAUAGAGGUAAGUGGAUUUUGCUUCUGCAAACUUUAAAGGAUCCAUGGAAUUUUUUAAAAUUUGCAAAUUUAAGUUGAUUUGCUGUGUAGAAAAUGUUGCUAAGUGGGAUGAAACUAUUCUUAAGUACGCAUUCUACUAGUGAUGCUGCUGCAAUUAAGAUGAUAAUUCUAUUGCUUUUUGCCGGGUAAAAGUCUAAUUUGUUAAUGUGAAGUGUGCUUGGUUGCACUUGCGCUUGCUCUGCCUGUGGUUUAAAGCACACAAAUGUCACGAGUCGUGAGAGAUAUUCAACGAUAUUAAUGUCACAGAGCAGCAGCUCUUUUUGAUGAGAUUAAUCCUCAGCUAGGGCUAAGAGAGCUUUUUCAUCAUGUUAACCUGUUUCCUUUUUUUUUUUGGGUAGCAAUCAUGCUAACCUGAUCAAUAUUGUUGGACUAAUGCCCUUGGGAUUAAAUGGUAGUUUAACGUGGCGCCUGAUUUUUUAGAGGUCUUUUGUUUUCAUUUUUCUUCUCUCUUUCCAUUGUAUUGCCUGUUCUUGCUUGUUUGCUUGCUGUUCUGCAACCAGGCUGCAUGCAGGAAUGGAGAAAGAUGGGGUUGGGGUUGGGGUUGGGGCUGGGGCUGGGGCUGGGGCUGAGGCUGAGGUUGAUUGACAUGGCCUAUUCUUAGAACUUCAGAUUUUGCGGCCAAGAGCAAUAUUGGCUAGUGGUGGCAAGGUGUCGCAUGAAAGCGUCAGCAUCAUUCUUACUAAAAGAAUUGGAUGAAUUUUUUUUUUCUGCCAUUUUUAAUGUUUAUCAUUAUUUGUAAGAUAGAUGGGUUGUAGGUAUUUUCAUGUUUGUCAAUGUGGCUGUGUCUGGUGUUUGAUUCUCUGGAUUCAUUUUUAUUGUCAUUUCUUCAGUAUUUUUAUUUGUGUUGCUGUUGCUAAUGUUGUUGUUUCCCUUGCAUGUGCUGGAUGCCCCUGCUCUCUAGCCCCUUCAAACAUUCCCACCAAAAUAAAAUUGCAAAAAAAGCAGAGGGAAAAAAAAAUCGUACCCAUGCUUUUUCAGACAGCAUUUUAACAUUUUAUUAUUACUAAUUAUAUAAUUAUUUAUUUUUUAAUAAAAAAAGUACUGGCCAUGAGGCUUGCAUAUUUCCUUUAGUCAUGUGACUUGUUGACAUAGAUUUAUAGCAAAAUAGCAAUUGAUGUGCCAAGACUAGUUUCUAUAAUGUGAAGUUUUAAAUUACUACUACACCUAAAGUUUUAGCUAUUGGAUUGUAGGUCAACAGUGCAGGUCAAGCCUCAACAGUCCCAUGCGUGUGCAGCCUAGUUGCAUGUGCGGAGAAACUAAUGAUGAAUAAGAGACCAGUAUGGGAAAUAAGACAAUUUUUACCAUCAGACAAUAAAUGUGGGCAACAAGAAUAGAAUGUAGAACCUCCUGCUAACCAUGGCUCUGAUGAUACCAUGUUAGAUUAAUGCUUAAGCUAUAUUAGGUUGCCAAAAAUGCAUACAAAGCUGUAAGAUGCAGCUCGUCUGUUGGUAGUGUUUAAGAAAAUUUUUGCCGUCACGAACUUGAUAAUGUGUGAGGAUCACACUGUGACAAGAAACCAGCAACCAUUUACAGUGCCCAAGACCUUUUUAAGCUUUUGAUCACUCUCUCAAUCAGGAAUGCACUAUAAAUUGCUUGUCUGAUUGAGUUUACAAUUUAUCCUUGAAAGACCUUGAUAUACAAAGGCCAUCUUGGGGCCAAACUCAAAAUGAACAUGCUGGCAUCUGCAAUUUGGCCAGUUCAAUGUUAGUCCUUAGUGGAUUCAUUUUACUGAUCCAUCUAUGUUUUUUCCCUCUCGUGUAAAGAUUGUAGGUGAUGCAUGUUGACGAAUGGUCCGAGCUGGGAGGUGAAGUAGUAGAUUUGAAUGUCUUUUAAGAAGAAAUUAUUAUUAUUAUUUGGUUAUUGGUUGAGAUGCCAUGAAAUUGGUUCCAGCCCAUAUAUAGUGAAAAUCUUGCAAAAAGUUGGGAGAGAAGAACAGUGGAAGCACAUUGCAUUGGGAUUUAAAGUUGAAAGAUAUAUAGGCAUUGGAAUAGGAGGAUGUUUGGCGGCCUUUUUAGGUUCCAUAUUUUUAUAUGAUAAGCAAUUUCUUCUGCUAGCCAUUCUUAGGGAGCUUUGCCUGUCACAUGCCCUUGCAUCUGUAUUCUGGUUUAGCUGUCCUCUGCAGAUGCUAUUGAAUUUUCUUGAGUUUUCAUCAUCACAUUUGAUUGAAUGUAAUGCACUAAAUCCAACUUGUCUCUCGUGCAUCUUUGCAGAUAGAAGAGUGGUGCGCUUUCUGCGCCAUCUAUUUUGGACCACGAAAGUUCCGUCUGGUGAACGGGAUGGGGAUUGUUGGGGAAGGCUCAUGCCUCUUCUUCUUACCUUCGUUUUUCAGGUGGGAAAAUUUGUUGAAAGGCCUUCUUCACACUAGAGAAUAUAGAUAUUUGUUGGAGUCUAUCGAAAAUAUAGAUAUCUUAUCUUGGGAGAGUUUAGACGUUCUUGUAUUAUGGGCUGGAUCUGCUGUUUAUGUUGUUAGAGGCGUUCCCCCCUUUUUUGUGUUAUCCAAAUUUUCUGAGGAGUCUAGAUGGGUACGCAAUUUGUUUCCUUGUUCAUUAAUUUUUAUUUUUAUUUUUAUUUUUAGCUAUAUGUAUGGUGGGAGCCAGAUUCUCCCAGUUUAAUCUUGUGUUUAGGGAUCAUAAUACGUCUUUUUGUUUCCUGUUUCUAUAAAAAUUACAUUUAUGCUUGCUUGGUA